CAGCCACUGAAACAGUUGACGUUGUUCAGUUAACUGACUUUCGAAUUAAGAUAGUGAUGAAAGUGGAUAGUAUAAUAAAAUGCUUAAUAAUUUUUGAAAGGUACAAAAUCUGUUCAAGUGCUCUGAUUAUUUUCGCCCGCCAUUAUUGGCAUUAGAAACAAUGUUAUGUCUCUCCUUUUUGCUCGGAAUAUGUGAAAACAACAACAAGGAAUAUUAUAUGUUUGUACGCGACUCAGCGAUUUCAGAAAUCAUGGCCGAUGCUGCUACCGUCUUGAUGUACAGGCAUUGUGGUAUAACGAGGGAACAAGAAAAAACUUUCAUAAUGGUGACGUAUAAAUUACGUCACGCACGUUGCCCAGGUAAUGAGAAGCACGCUAAGCGGCAGUCAGUUGUCAGCUGUAUGGCCGGCAGACCGCUAGAGUUCGCCGUCGGGGAAGGGUCUGUGUUUGGUCAUGAAGAAAUGAAUGUCGAUAUUUUGUAACGGCAGAAAUUAAAGAAUAACUGUACAGUGUUAUCGACAAUUGAAGUGAUAAAGUACAAUUAAUGUUUAUCUUUUCAUAGUGCAAGUCUAAAUUUGUAUAUUGUUGUGUGUUAAUUGGGUUUUAUGACAAAAGUUUUUUUUUUGUAUUUGAAGUGUACGUUGUUUGUGAAUCAACUUCAACAAUAGGAGUUAGAUAUUUAUCUCGGAUGAAGUGGAACAAGAAUUCUAAGUCUCCUCACUCAGUCCUUCGCAUUUUUGUCCACAGUUCACAGCCAAAUAACGAUACAGACUAUCGACUUUCUUCAGAAUCCCUGAACGAGAUCCAAAUGUCGCUAGGAAUUCAUCUUGUUCCGAAAACCGUUGACGCAAGUUCUGCCACUUGGCCAAAAAUGAAAAUGUCAGAUUCAGGUUCGGGUGAUAUUGACGUUGCGAGAAUUAUCCGUCCUCAGACGGCUACGCUGGAAAGGCCACGGAUCCUAGACGUGACUUUGUUAGGUAAAAUUGAUAUGUCCCUUACAAGAAAGGGUCUCCUUUCGAUAUCCAACCUGUGCAUAGCGCCUCUGGACAACAUCCAAACAUCGAGGGACGCUAAGAGAAAUUCAACUUACAACAGAGAAAGUCGUCACGGGGGUAAAACUCGAAAAUGGAAUACACCAAGAAUAUCAGUGGAUGAUAAAGACAGAACAAAACAACUGAAGAAUAAAUACAAAGUAAACCAUCGCAAGACAGACGAGAGUUGCGAUGACGAAGCAACUAGCGUAUCUGAAUCCUCCUCCUCUCACGUGAUCAGGAAAGUGUCGAAUGCUACUACAGUCAGCAGGAGCCCUUCUAGAGGGACGCGUGUUAAGCAAGGUCGCCGAGACAAAGGCGUGUCCCCGAUUGAUAGUGUCAGCAGUGAUGCCAACAGUCCGAGACGAACUUUCAUUAACCCAGCACAAAAAGAAAAACUCCUUUCUCCAGCCAGUUGCUCCAACGGCAAUCCGGCACCAACAGAUAAGCGCGUUUCUCCUGUGAGUAUUGUCAGCAGUACUACCAACAGUCCUUCCAGAGGAUCGGUUGUGAAAAAUGUGCCUCGAGAAAAACGCGUUCCUCAUGUUGGUAGCAGGAACAGCAGUAACGUGAGCGAAGAUAAGAUUGAGAAACAAAGUCGUCGGACGUGUAAGCGGCCCGUCGUCGUGAGGAAGAACGGGGAGAAUGUCCUCGAAGCCUUCGGAGGUCCUAAACCUAGCGACGAAGUUCCGGAACCUUGCAGGACGUGUGGUCGCCCGGAGCAACCGGAACGAUUUCACAGUCACCCGCCACCCACCAGCCACAGACUGAGAUCGGCAGCGAGGCGCCAGCACGAUGACAACAAUAACAACAGUCAUCACCAGGACGACGCGUCGUAUAACAACAACAACAACAAUCAUCGCGACGACGCGACGAAGUCAGUUGUCAGCAAGAGCUCUGUGAGUAAGCCAGUGCCUAUGAAUUACCGAAGUGGGAAAUCGAUACGAAGGAGGAGUGACUUGACAAAAACUGCGGCCGGGAAACCAGCGCCGAUCACGGUCUCACUCGGCGCGAGGCCAGACGCCAAGACGGCGGAGAUGCAGCCUGCGGGCCGAAAGUCGCCGAUGAACACCGGAAGAGGCGGGGGGCACCUCGUUCCGGACGACAGACCCCCCGUGAGGCCGGGACCCCGCACAGUCCUGUGUUAUCUGUGCGGGCGGGAAUUCGGAACAGCUUCGUUUCCUCUGCACGAGCCUCACUGCUUGCAGAGGUGGGAGAGAGAAAAUUCGAAGCUUCCGUCUCACCUGCAGCGGGCUGUCCCCCAGAAACCCGUCAACCCCCUCACAGUCGAACAGUGGAACGCCUUCGCUUGGGAGGCAUCACAGGCGCAUCUCGUACCUUGCGAGAACUGUGGUCGUACUUUCAACCCGGACAGACUGGAAGUUCAUCAGCGAAGCUGUCGUCCUCCACCGGGCAAAGUCACUAAACGCAGCAAUCAGCAGGACGAGCCUGGGGAUGGCGGCGGAGGUGCGAGGUUCCCUCCCGCCGUCUUUUGUUACAUCUGCGGCAAGAUGUUCGGAACUCGAUCCGUAGGGAUCCACGAGCCGCAGUGCCUGGAAAGGUGGCGGAAGGAGAAUGAGCAGCUCCCGGCUCGCCAGCGCCGCGCGGAGCCCGUCAAGCCUCAGACACCAACAGGAAACAUCACCUCCCAGGAGGCAAUGGAUGUCAACUGGCAGGAGCACCUGAAGACGCUUGUUCCCUGCAGUCAGGGCUGUGGCAGGACAUUUAACCCGGAUCGUGUAGCGGUGCACGAACGAGGCUGCAAGGGACCGAAGAAGUAGACACGAGCAUUUGUUUCGCUGAACUGACCACAAUAUCAGCCAUUUUUAUUUCUGUCCGAAGGGUUGAACAUUGAAUUCGCGGAAUGAACUAAAAAUUUUUUUUUUUAAUCUUCAUCUGACAAAUCAUGAGACAUCUUUUUCGUUUUCAAAAUGCACUUUUUCGAUCGUCUUAUAGAUGCCUCGUAAGCUUCCUGGAACCCGUUGUGGCUUUUUGGAAUCCUUCAUCGAACUCAAAAUGCUCCCCCCCAUUAAGAAUUUUUUUGAGACGUGGAAACAAGAAAAAAAUCACCAAGGUGCUAGUUCCGGUGAAUACGGAGGAUGUUCCUUCCGGAAGUUCCGGGCGUUUCUCUCGAAUGGCGCGGCGAAAAUUCUGAUUAAGAACUUGAGCAUAGGCCUCCUUGUUCAUUGCUGUCGCGUGUGGAACGAAAUGAGUCACAAGAAUGCCUUAGACAUCGAAAAAUUAAACAAAGAGUGCAUUUUGAAAAGGAGAAAAAAUGUCUGAUGAUUUGUCAGAUGAAGAUUAAAAAAAAAAAUUUUUUUAGUUCAUUCCUCGAAUUAAAUACGUAAAUACAUUCUGUUUUGAUGGUUCAGACUUGUUGAAGAUGAAUAAAUAAUGUUGAAAUAUG